AUGGUGGACUCCGAAUCCGAUGGAGAAUACGAGUAUGAAUAUGGCACGGAGACGGAAAGCUUUUAUCUCAACCUAGACCUGACCGCCCACCAUGGUCCAGUGCGCCCUCCACGCCGUCGCGCAAAGGAUACAGGGUCCCUGGAGGAUAGCCAAAACCCUGCAGAGGACAUGAGCCAAGCCUUUCCGAGCGAAGCUUAUCAUCCGAUCGAGAGCGCCGAGACAGGCAGUCUCCCGAACGAGCGGAUCCAAAUUCUCGACCUCCACACGAGCAACCCGAUCAUUUCAUACUACAAUCAAAUGUUCAGUUGCUCCUGGGCUGAUCAAAUCGGCACUGAGCUAGUUUUUGUCCGUCCGGGCACGGAGACAGACAACCACUUCCCUCAACCGCUACACCGUGGAGCCAACUACGAGCUUGUAGCCGCCAACAGCGUGAAGAUCCUUGGCCGGAAGGCACAGCUCGUCCCCAGUGCUGGGCCAGGACCAGUUCAAGGCUCUACUGAGGGGCCCUCAAGCACAGGACCUACCGCGGAGUCCGCGUCUUCUCAGGGCGCUGAACCCCUCGGCGUCCCCCGUCGCCCCGCAGCGCCAUCUCACCAGGCGCAGUUUCUCCACAGGUUGCAGCAGAUCAAAACUGCCAAGGGAGAAACCGAUACCGUUCGCACGGUCAUGAGUACACGUCGGAAUGUGAAUAUGACGGAUAGACAGCAAGGGUGGGCCCGGACCGAGGCGCAACUUGCCGAAAUCGAGCGGCUCAACGAACGGGCUUUGAGAGGAGACUUGGAGGCCAAGGCGACUCUCGAGCUGCUGAUUCAAGAGCUCAAUCCUGACGAGGUCGAGGCAGAGUCUGAGUCCGACUCGGACUUGACGUCUGACAGCGAUGAGCUUACUUCAUGA